UGGUUGGUUUUCCAACCAUAGUCAAAGCAGCCCUGCAUUUGCGCUGGUGAGUUGAGGCUUCUCGUGGUUAAUAUUUACAGAAGUGACCUCGAGUUACCAGAGUGAAAUAUUUAAUUGUGUGUAAUAAUUAUCUCUGAAGUGAAAUUAGGGAGUGAAGCGUAUAAAGCGCUGCAUCGGCGCUCACACGUCAGUUCAACAUAUGCACAGUGAAUUAUUGUAUCAAAGUUGUAAACACGAUCAGGAUGUUGAGCACAUUAAAUCGGAGGUUACGGGCUGCAUUGAAGCAGACUCACGUGCUGCCUGGAAAGUGGCUUCAAAACACAAAUACACGAGCAUGUGCCACGCGAUCUGCAACUUUUCAAUUACAAAAAGAACAUCUUGUGCUCAACUAUGGGGGGACUGGGAUGAAUUUCAACUAUGUAUGGCUGCGGGAUCACUGCCGAUCUGAGUCUUCAUACAAUUCUUCCACCAACCAGAGAAACCUGGACACUGCGACCAUAGAUCUUAAUAUUCGUCCUGACAAGACCAGUGUGGAGGAUGGCAACCUCGUCCUGACAUGGCCUGGUGGUCAUGUGACAAAGUACAGCCUCAGCUGGCUUGCUGAGAACAGCUAUGAAGCAAGGAAGCAGAAGCCUGUCCAGCCUCGCAUCCUGUGGAAUGCAGACAUCUAUAACAAAGCAAACAUACCUGCUGCCAAAUGGGACAAGUUCAUGAGCUGUGAUGAGGAGCUGAAGAAGUUUCUAAAAAACUAUCUUCUGUAUGGGUUCGCCUUUGUAGAAGGUGUCCCAGCUACAGUUGAGGCAACAGAGGCAGUAACCCAGAGGGUCAGCAUUAUCAGGGAGACUACAUAUGGAAGAAUGUGGAGUUUUACUGCUGAUUUUUCCAGAGGAGACACCGCCUACAGCACACUAGCCUUGGACCGUCACGUUGACACCACAUAUUUUCAUGAGCCAUGUGGGAUCCAGGUUUUCCACUGUAUCAAGCAUGCAGCCACUGGGGGAAAGACCCUCCUUGUUGACGGGUUUUACGCUGCUGAAAAAGUACGGCAGAGGUCUCCUGAAAACUUCGAGAUGCUCUCAAGUCUUCCCAUUCCACACGAGUACAUUGAAAACACUGGGGAUCAUCGAAACCACAUGAUUGGCAUCGGACCUUUGCUCAAUGUCUAUCCAUGGAACAACGAAAUGUACCUGAUCAGGUACAACAACUUGGACCGAACAGUGAUAAACACAGUCCCUCAUGACCUUGUUCAGAAGUGGUACGUGGCACAUCGAGACUUGACUACAGAGCUGAGGCGGCCAGAGAACGAGCUUUGGGUCAAACUGACUCCAGGAAAAGUAAUUUUCAUUGAUAACUGGCGGGUCAUGCAUGGGAGGGAGUCUUUCACUGGAGUGAGGCAGCUCUGUGGAUGCUACAUGACUAGAGAUGACAUCCUCAGUGCAGCACGUGGCUUCGGUCUGCAGGCCUGAUCCUGAACCUGAAUAACCCUGAUUUGUGCCUUACUGUUUAACAGACUGUGCAUCCAGAGAGACUCAGAACCAACCACUUCUAUAAUACUUUAAGCUUUAUUAGAAUGGUUAAGUUUAUGGUUUUCUGCUUAAUCACCAUUCAUUUCCAUAUUGCGUAUAAUGGAGGAUCAAUCAAAUUUGAACUAUCAAUACAGCUUGCAUCACUUUCCAAUGUUUUGUCAUUUCCAGUUGUUGAUCAUUUUUUAGCCAUUUUGAAGAUUAUUUUUUAAUCAUAGACAAUGAAUAUAUCCUAAUUUAUGCUUGAAACAAUAAAAUAUUUAAUUUUCUCAAAUCAGGUGAUAUCUUUGAACUGUAAUAAGCAUAUGAUCACCUCAGACUGUAUAUGAAAAUAGACACUGUAAGCAUUCACUGAAUGGGAAGCCAACACAAGAAUCUGUUCUGCUGUGACUGUACUGACCUGAAGGAUCUUUGAUCCUCAUCAUCAUCCAAAGCUUGAUCCAUAAGGCAACUGGACUGGUAGAAAUUCUUGAAGACGUUUCACCUCUCCUCCGAAAGGCCUCUUCAUUUCUGACCAGAAUGGGAAGAGCUCAAAGAUAUAAGCCACUAAUGGUCGUGGUUGUGUCCAGGAGUCACAAAGCGUUCUAAGUAGGGUCGUUAGUCUAAUUCCUGACAGUCGUUCAAAACCUCCUGGCAGUUGUUAGCCUAGUUCCUGACAGUCGUUAGGGUGAUGGGUCAGCUGUGAGUCGUUUGAGUUACAUGGUCUCUGGUGUGAGUAUGGUUACUUGUUUUGACAGAGAAUUCAAGACAGCAUUGUAUGCUGGAGACAAAUGGUGUCUUAGUCAACCACCUCUGUUAAGAGAAGGGUGUUCAAGCUUCACAUAGAUGUCUGGUCAGAACUGAAGAAGCCUUUCGGAGGAGAAGUGAAACGUCUUCAAGAAUUUCUACCAUUCCAGUUGCCUUACGGAUCAAGCUUUGGAUUACCAUGACCUGGAUGACUGAAAACCUUCACAGACAAGUUAAAUGCAUGUUUUGGUGAAAAGAGGUGUCAUCACUCCUGCAGCUCUACCAGUCAGGUAGCAUCUUUGCAUUAAUUGACUGCACCAGCGCAAUACACAGUUAAUGGUCAGCACCUAUUGAGGUGGUCUACUAUGUUAGUAUGUCUCAUAACACUAUGCAGAGGGGAUUUAGGCUUAAUUCGGUUUAGGAUUAGGACAAAAAUGCACGAUGAGUUUUCUUUUAAUAAUUUUACAGUCAUCAGAGGAGUAUAUACUGAUUAAGAAUGAUUUUGAUCACCACUUUCUCCAGGCAUUAUAUCAUUAGAUUUGUUUGCUUACUUAUUAACAAAUUAAUUAAUGUCAUCUCAUCGUGCAUUUGCACUUUUUUGUUUUAUUUGUCAGAUUUGUUUUUUUAGGCACAUACCUCCAUGAUACCAACAGAUUUCUUUGUAAUUUCUUCAAGCUUCCAAUAUUGAUGCAUCCUCUAACUUGGUUCAGCCAUUUAAUCUGUCUGGGUUGUUGAUGGUCGAAACAAUCCUUGAAUUCUGCCAAAUAUGUCCCCUAUUUGAUAUCUGCUACAGUUGUGAUACAUUAUGGCACUCUGUGAAUGAUUGAUUUUAGCUCUGCUACUCUUGACAAAGCUGUAAACUAUAUAAGACAUAAUAAAACUCAGAAUAUGCAUAUA